GUCCUAUUAGUACUUGACAACACACAGGACCAUCAAGAAAUAAAUUACAACUUGCAAAAAUUCAUCACUAAUUCCACGACACAAUGUCUUUCAGGGACAGAGACCGAAACAGGGGGUUUGGGAGUAAAUCUGAUGGAGGUUCCAGAGGACAUUAUGAUAGAGGAGGAGGCAGAUUUGGAGGUUUUGAUCGGGGAGGUUUUGAUCGUGGAGGUGGCAGGUCCUCAUUAAAAGGAAGUCAACCUGGACAAAAUCUGAGGAGGCCAAAAUGGGAUUUGAGCAAGCUACAAAAGUUUGAAAAAAACUUUUAUAAAGAGCACAUAAAUGUUGCUCACAGAACACAGAGUGAAAUACAACAGUUUUAUGAAGCAAAUCAAAUCACUGUAAAUGGGAAGAACAUACCUAAACCAAUAUUUACAUUUGAAGAAGGACUUUUUCCAGAUUAUGUCAUGAAUCAAAUAAAGAAAAACUGUUGGCAGGCCCCCACAUCAAUCCAAUCUCAAGGCUGGCCUAUAGCUCUCUCUGGUCUAAACAUGGUUGGAAUAGCACAGACAGGCUCUGGGAAAACAUUAGCUUUCAUCCUCCCAGCUAUUGUCCAUAUUAACAACCAACCUCUUUUGGAGAGAGGUGAUGGACCUAUUUGUUUAGUACUGGUCCCAACACGAGAGCUGGCCCAGCAAGUUCAGCAAGUGGCCCAGGAAUUUGGCCAUGCCUCACAGAUCAGAAAUGCUUGUGUUUAUGGUGGUGCCCCUAAGAGGCCGCAGAUACAGGAUUUAGAAGAUGGAGCUGAGAUCUGCAUUGCUACACCAGGCCGCCUAAUAGAUUUGCUAGAAUCAAACAAAACCAAUUUAAGAAGAACAACUUAUUUGGUGUUAGACGAAGCUGACCGCAUGUUGGACAUGGGAUUUGAACCGCAAAUCAGAAAAAUUAUUGAACAAGUUCGACCUGACAGACAGACUUUGAUGUGGAGUGCUACCUGGCCGAAGGAAGUACGAAGGCUGGCAGAGGAUUUUCUCCAAGACUAUGUGCAAGUUAACAUAGGAGCUCUGCAGUUGACAGCUAAUCAUAAUAUCCUGCAAAUUAUUGAUGUGUGCAUGGAGUUUGAGAAGGAAGACAAACUUGUCAAAUUGUUAACAGAGAUCAUGCAAGAAAAAGAAAAUAAAACUCUGAUUUUUGUUGAAACUAAACGUAAAGCUGAUGAUAUAUCUAGACGCAUGAAGCGAGAUGGGUGGCCUGUGAUUUGUAUUCAUGGAGACAAAUCUCAAGACGAGAGAGACUGGGCACUGAAUGAGUUUAGAAGCGGCAAAACACCAAUAUUACUGGCAACAGAUGUUGCUUCCCGUGGCUUGGAUGUGGAAGACAUCAAAUUUGUCAUCAACUUUGACUACCCUAAUUGUUCAGAAGACUAUGUUCACCGUAUAGGGCGUACGGCCCGUUCCACCAACACGGGUACUGCGUACACCUUGUUUACACCUUCUAAUAUCAAGCAGGCUCCUGACCUGAUCUCAGUGCUGCGUGAGGCCAAACAAGUCGUCAGCCCCAAACUCUUAGACCUGGCGGACUCUUCCAGAAAUUUCCAGGGCAGAAGUCGUAGUCGCUGGGCUUCGAAAGAAAGAGGUGGAAGAGAAGACAGAAGCACAACAUCUCUGCGAGACAGAGACGCCAGUGGACGAGGUGGUGGCAGAGGCGCUAGUAGUACUGGAUACACUAGUAGUACUGGAUAUAGACUAGGAGGAGGAGAAAGUUCACGCGGAGGCCACUCAAGUAAUAUGAGACCAGCGGACAGGGACCAGUUUGGGAGAGAUAAGCCUAACACAUACACACAGCAGAACCAACCAAAGCCUGCGGGAUUCAACCCAGGAGUUGCCAAACCCAGCCUGUUUAACACACCAGCCCAAAGACCCCCUGGUGUCAGUAGUUCCUACACUCAGGGAUACCAGGCACCCAAACCUCUGUUGGGGGGAGGCAGCAACAACUUCCAGAGUUCAGCCAUGACCAGGAACAACUUCCAGUCCCCCCAGGGUGGCUACAACCCACAGGACACCAGCAUGCCCAACUACAGCAACCAGAACAUGUACACCCAGCAAGCCCCACCCCAGCAACAGUGGAGUCAAACCUUCAGACCACCCCUGCCAGUGAACGCACCUCCACCACCCCCACCUCCACAGAAUUCUGGCUAUUGAUUGAAAUAACUUUUAUAUACAUUUACAAUUGCAUGAUAAUAUAUGUAAAUAAAAUUGAUAUGCUAAUCAUUUUUUGUUGACCAAAACCAAUACUUGAUUCCUGACCAAUAAUUUGUGGGAUUAAGAAUGUGAUGAAAGUAUUUCACAGGAAUACGUUUUAAAAAAAAAUCUUAAUUGAUUAACUAAAAAUAAUUAGUAGUUAAAAAUAUUAACAUUUUAAUUAAUAUUCAUUGACUUUAAAUUAAUUAUUUCUGAUAUAUAUAUAUAUAUUUAUCAUUUACCUUGUGUAUGUUGGCAAAUUGAUAUAUACAUGUUGCUAAAUAACCACUAGAUGUCCCCAUAUUUUUAUUUCCAUUAUUACAUACAUUGACUCAUAUUCAUUACUAUUGCAAUUGAAAUAAAAGUAGCAGGCGGCUAUGAUAAAACGUUUGGUGCCGGAUUUCUCAUACCAAUAUGUUCAUAUUAACCAUGCAAAAUAGUUUAUUACAUCUUACUGACUUAAUGCAUGGUGUUUUAAUUCAAUGAGGCAACUAAAAUGUUCAUAUUCUCUUUAUUUUAUGAACCUAUUGUAUAUGAACAUAAGCUGUUAAUUAAUGUAUGUAGUAGUAACCAUGUCUUGUAGUCUGAUGUUGAUAAAUGUUCACAUUUCAAUUGGAUUUGAAUCAUUUGCGAGUGAUGUUUUAUUUUAAUAUGACUUAUACAUUCUUCAGAACACAUUUUAAAUUGAAAUUAAUUAAUAAACUUCAACUUUUAAUAUUUUAAAUUUUAUUUAUGAAACGCAUGAUUAAUGAGAUGCGAAUAAA